CCUGUAUAUAUAUAAAAGGGGGACAGCGGUCGCCAGCGGUGGCGGAACGACAAAAAGCUUUGAAAUCUGAGCACCCGACGACCACCACUCGGAGUGUAACGGCACCACCCGGAUAUUCAGUUUGCACGUCGAGCGGCGACCCGUAAACGUCAUGAAGGUACUGCUACUCUGCCUCUUCCUGUUCCUAAGGGAAGCCAACUGCGGAGUGGUCGAGGCACCCGCCUAUGGCACGGCCUUGGUCCCUGAGACUGGAACGUCGUCACAGUACCGUUCUCAAGAUGUCCACGGAAACUACGAAUUUGGCUACGAAGAGAAGCACACGUCGGGCGGCUCCUUCCGCCAGGAGACCGGAGACGCGCACGGCAACAAGUACGGCUCGUACGGCCUCACCGACGCCGACGGACGCGUACGCAUCGUCAAGUACGUGGCCGACGAGAACGGCUUCCGCGUCAUAGUCAACACCAACGAACCGGGAACCGCGCCCUCGACGCCGGCCGCCGCCUCCAUCAACGUCCCACAGGAACCCGUCGUUCCGACACCCGUCGUCAAGGCCGUCGUCCACACCGCUCCAGUGGUGACGGCUGCCGCAGCUCCCGCCGUGGUCGCAGCUCCAGCUCCCGCCGUGGUCCCAGCUCCAGCUCCCGCCGUGGUCUCAGCUCCAGCUCCCGCCGUGGUCGCUGCACCCGCUCCAGCAUUUGUCGGAGCUCCCGGACCCGCUGUAGUGACGGCCGCAGCCGCUCCGGCGACCGUGACGACCAUCAGGAGGUUUGUGCCAGCCUCCAUCUACACGGGAGCCGCAGUCGCGGCGCCUGUUGUGCACACCGCCCCCGCCUUGCCGGCAGUUCCCGUGUUCGGAUACCGCCGUGCCGUGGCCGCGGCUCCGGUCUUGACCGCCGCGGCCCCGGCAGUGUCGUACUCAACCGGCUUCGUGCCGUCCCUGCCGUACGCCGCUUCAGCAAUCCCACCGCCGCCUGUCCGGAGAGUGAUCGUCCGUAAGGUCGUCCCUGCCGGUUACGGGGCCGAUUACGGACUGCUGCGCAGUGCGGCGGCGACAUACGCUGAGCCGACCGUCGUGGCGGCUCCUGCUGUGUUCGGAGCCAAGCUGCCGGCGGCUGCGCCUGCAUACACGUACGGCGGGCCCGCUCCGGUGACGAGCUUCGCAGGCAAGCCUCUGGACUACUACGAGCAUCUGGCCAACAAGUUUGGGGCGACUUACCUACGGCGUCGCCGAUGAGCGAGAUGUACGACUCGAAUUAGCGUCUAUUUGUUGCCUCAUUUCUUUUUGUCCGUGGUUCGGUAGCUCCUGCCUUCAUUGUAUCCAGUAUUUAUGCCCAACUCCUCAUGUCAAGCUAUUCGUGUCCAGUGUUGUCCAGCUGACGAUGGCUGCGGUCGGCUGCCCUUGACGGCUCCGUGGAGGGUGUUUAUGACUUUUCACCUGCCCUUUUGUGUGCAUUUCUGUGUAUGUCUCUGUGCACCCUGAAAGCAAAUUCUAGCGCUCAUCUACUCUAGACCACGCAUUCCUCUGGCACUCGCCACGCUUUAUGACUGUUGAAAAUAAAUGCGCUCUAUUUAUGAUA